AUGUCCAAUUUCGAAUCAGAAAAGUCAUCACUCCAAGAAGAUGGUUGUACUUCCGUGGAAAGAAAUCAGAAUACAUCUGCUACAGAAAAGUUAAUUAAACUUCCUCUCUCACGUGUUAAAAUAAUAGUAAAAACGGUGCCAUCUGUUUCUCUAGUUACUUCUGAAGCACUGGUUUCGAUCGGGUUUCUAUGUGAGCAGUUUAUUCAAGAAUUUUGUCAAAGCGUUAUUGAAAUAACUGCGCAAGAAGGCAAGAAAACGGUCACUAAGCAACAUGUUCAAAGUGCUGUUCAAUCAAUUCAAAAGAGGUUACUGCAUUAUAUUUAUUAUAAAAAGCACCCGCAUUGCCAUAAAAGCAUCAUAAGACAGCAACCUGCCUAUUUUGUACAUUAUUAUUAA